AAUUUUGUUGACGUUAUCGUUGAUUGAUCAAUGAAAAGUCCAGUAUGAGUUUAAUUUUAAAUUUUCUUAUUUAUUCGUAAAUAUUGUUAACGAUAUAAUUUAAAAUUUUAAUAAAGUACAAAAUAAUGAUUUAAUCAUUAUAUUAUAACUAUAUGUAUGACCAAAUCAUAUGUAUGAAUAGAACCGAAAAUAAUACGUUAAUAAAGACAACUUAUUAUAUUUGAAUAUCUAUUUGCGCACUUUUGGUGCUUAAAUAACGACUAUAUCAUUUCAUUAUGAAGAUAAACAAAUUUAUUUAUGAUGUAUGGUCACUUCAUAGAAAUUGUAAAAUUAACCAAAUACGCAUAAGGCAACAUUUAUAUUAUUUUAAUAGAUUUUAUUCUACAAAUUCAGAAGUUACCAAAGAAUAUGAUUUACCAAUAGAAAAUAUUAGAAACUUUAGCAUUGUGGCACAUGUUGAUCAUGGCAAAAGCACACUUGCUGAUAGACUUUUGGAAAUAACAGGUGCAGUGAAAAUUAACUCUGGUGAACAAAUAUUAGAUAAACUACAAGUUGAGAAAGAACGUGGAAUCACAGUUAAAGCACAAACAGCCUCACUUAAUUAUACAUAUAAAGGAAUUAAAUAUCUUCUUAAUUUAAUAGAUACACCUGGUCAUGUUGAUUUCUCUGCUGAAGUACAUCGUUCAUUAGCUCCUUGCCAAGGAGUAGUUCUGGUAGUAGAUGCUAAUGAUGGUGUACAAGCACAAACUGUGGCUAACUUUCACUUAGCUAUGAAAAAUAAUCUAGUUAUAAUACCAGUAAUUAAUAAAAUAGAUUUAAAAUUUGCCAAACCUGAGAGAGUUAUAAAUCAAUUAGAAACAUUAUUUGAUAUAACAGAGUCGGAUGUUUUAAAAAUAUCUGCUAAAUUAGGUACUGGAGUGCUUAAAGUCUUAGAUGCCAUAGUAGAAAGAAUCCCACCACCUGAUGUAUGUAGAGACAAACCUUUCAGAGCUUUGAUAUUUGACAGUUGGUAUGAUAAAUAUAAAGGAACAAUUUUAUUGAUAUAUAUUAAGGAAGGAUCUUUAUCCCUUAAACUACAUAUUGUUUCGAUGUAUACUAAGAAGUCGUACGAAGUUAAAAAUAUGUCACUAUUGAGACCUUCUGAAGAAAAUGUAAAUAAAUUGUUCGCAGGUCAAAUAGGAUGUAUUUCAUGCAACAUGAGAUCUUCCAAGGAAAUGAUUAUUGGAGAUACAUUACAUUUAAAAGAUCAUGUUGCUGAACCUUUAUUAGGAUUUAAAACUCCAAAACCAAUGGUUUUUUCAGGCGUCUAUCCAAUUGAAAAAUCGCAAUUUGAAGUUAUGAGAACUGCUAUUGAAAAAUUAACAUUGAAUGAUAGUAGCGUUACUAUUGAAAUGGAAACUAGUGUAGCUCUUGGACAUGGUUGGAGACUUGGAUUUUUAGGUUUACUACAUAUGGAAGUAUUUAUGCAACGACUUGAGCAAGAAUAUGGUACAUGUUCAAUUGUGACAACACCUAGCGUUACAUAUAAAGCAAAAAUUUUUGGCAAAAAGAAUAUUAAAGAAUACAAAACUGAUAUGAUUUCAUUCAAUAAUCCUGCAAAGUUUCCUGAUCCUAACAUUGUAGAAGAAUUAUAUGAACCUAUGGUAUUAGGAUCUAUUAUAGCACCAACUGAAUAUGUGGGUACUGUUUUAAGUUUAUGCUUUGAAAGACGUGGAGUGCAACAAACAGCAAAAGAUAUUGGUCAUAAUAGAACACUGUUUCAAUUUUUACUGCCACUGAACGAAAUUAUUGUUGACUUCCAUGAUACAUUAAAACAAGCAACUUCGGGGUAUGGUACUUUUGAUUAUGAAGACCAUAAUUAUCAGCCUACAGAUAUUUUAAAGUUAAAUAUUGCUCUAAAUGGUAAUGUAGUAGAAGAACUCAGUACUAUUGUACAUAUUAGCAAGGCUCGUACAACAGGUAGACAAAUAUGUGAAAGAUUGCUAGAUAUUCUUCCACGUCAAUUGUUUGAAAUAGUAAUUCAAGCAAUAGUAAGUGGAAAAGUAAUUGCAAGAGAAACUUUAAAACCAUACAAGAAAGAUGUAACUGCGAAACUGUACGGUGGUGAUAUCACUAGAAGAAUGAAAUUAUUGGCUCAACAAGCACAAGGGAAGAAGAAAAUGAAGAUGAUUGGAAAAAUAUCUAUACCACGAGAAACAUUCAUAGAUCUUUUUAAGAAAUAGUAUAAAUAUAAAAAUUAUUAUCAUUUUAUCUUUUAUAUUUAAUGUAACUAUAGAUAUAUAUCAUGUUAAAAUAAAUUAUUAAAUAUA